CAUCAUAAAACUGUAACUACUUUAUGGGAAAAUGGAAUUCAUGAUGCCUGUAUUUUACAUGAAUUAACUUCUAUUCCGCUUUCUAUAAUAUACAAUCAUACUAAAAAACUUAGUAAUGGGAUUUCUUUAGAUCCUGAGAAAUGCUCUGGGAGACCCAGAAAUAAAAUUUCUACAUCCACCGAACUUGCAAAUAUUUUAAAUAAAUAUCAUUCUAAUCUCAAUAUUAGUAGUUGUACAUAA